GGUUUGUCGAAAAAUUUACGCUUAUAAAAUGUUGUUAAGAAAAGUGACAACCAACAGUGGAGGAUACAUUGCUAAGACCUUCGCACCAGCGGCAUUUCGUUUUAUAACAACAAAGAAACCGGCUUCUCAGCAAGACGUCAGCGCAAGUCAACUUGGAACUAUACAGCAAGUAAAUGAAGCCAACUUGGUGGCCUGGCAGAAGGCACGUCCCUUUGAAGAGGUGCCAAAAGUGAAUGCAUUAAAAUUGAUUUUGAAAUUUUCGCCCGGCGGCGCUUAUGCCAAAUUAGACUUCAAUGAUCUCGUGGCGACUAUGCUCAAGGACUACGGCCCCUUCUUCAUGUUGCCCGCCAUGAUGGGACGCCCUAAGAUUUUAGUAACACACAAUCCAGAUGACUUUGAAAAUCUCUUUCGCAACGAAGGUAUUUGGCCAAUAAGACCCUUCUCGGAAACUAUACGUUAUCAUCGGAAUAAAUGGCGUGCAGACUACUUUCAGGGCGUGGAGGGCGCAAUAGCGACACAAGGCGCACAGUGGAACGCGUUUCGAAAAGUCGUGAAUCCCCUACUAGUGCAGCCGAAAAAUAUCAAAAUGUAUGCGAAGAAGUUGGCACAAGUGAAUCAGGAAUUUGUCGACAGAAUCCGUUUGAUACGUGAUCCGCAAACCUUGGAGAUGCCCGCUGACUUUGAGCAGUGCCUACAACGUUGGACUUUCGAGUCGGUCGCUGUGGUGGCAUUAGAUAAGCGUUUGGGUCUGCUGCGCGAUGAUCAAGGUGAAAAUUUUGCCGACGCAUUGCGUCUAUUCUCGGCGCUAAAUGUGUUCAUGGCAUUAUCCUUCGACUUGGAUUAUAAGCCGACACUUUGGCGUUACAUAGCCACACCGAAGUUCAAACGUCUGAUGCGCGCCAUGGAUGAUAUACAAACUCUAACUGGCAGGUUCAUAAACGAAACAAUUCAAAAACUUCAGCUGGAAAGCCAACAAGGCUACAAGGCACGACCCGAGCACGAGCAGAGUAUUUUGGAGCGUUUGUUGAAGAAAGAUCAGAAAGUAGCAACGGUAAUGGCCAUGGAUAUGUUGAUGGCGGGCGUUGAUACGACCUCCAGUCUCGCCGUUGGCGCCUUACUCUGUUUGGCUAAGCAUCCGGAAAAACAAGCGCUCCUGCGCGAGGAAGUAAAGCGCGUGUUGCCACAAAAAGAUGGCGAAUUCAUCGAGGAUGCUUUGUCUAAAACGCCAUAUUUGCGCGCCUGUCUGAAAGAGUCGCUGCGUGUCUAUCCAGUGGCGAUUGGCAAUAUGCGCGUGCCACAAAAUGAUCUCGUACUGAGUGGUUAUCAAGUGCCGAAGGAUACUUACGUUAGCAUGAUCUUUACUACGCUGCAAGCGAACGCACGUUACUAUGCUCGGCCGUUGGAAUUUUUACCCGAACGUUGGCUACGUGAGUGUGGUGAUACCGACGUACCGCCGGAGGGUUGCGUACAGUCAAUCAAAGCGAGUAGUCCAUUUGUUUAUUUGCCUUUCGGUUUUGGGCCGCGUGGGUGUUUGGGUCGGAGAAUAAGUGAAUUGGAGGUGGGUUUGGGUAUUGCGAGAUUGGUUAGGAAUUUCCAAAUAGAAUUCAAUUAUCCAACGGAAAAGGCGUUUAAGGGCAUGUUGAUUAAUGUGCCGAAUUUACCGUUGAAAUUCAAAUUCACUGACAUUGAUUAGACAAAUUUAUUUGCGUGUAAACAUAUUUUUGUACUUUUUCAAUAAAAUAUUACGGUAAAUAAAUUGCGAAAAGUACUGAAAAAUAAAAUUUUAAUUAUCUUAAUAAAUUCUAAGUCACCAAAAACGUGUCGAAAAGCAAUAUAUAGCUUGAACCUGC